GGUCGGUAUCCGGUACGCUUCUUCCGCCAUGGCAAUCCGCCUACAUUUUAUUUUGCUCCUGAUCGUCGCCUCGUCCAUGGCUCAGACAUUCCAGUACAGCAGAGGAUGGACUAACGGUAGGAAGAGGGCUGAUCCAUCGUUCAUCCAGCAACAGCUGUUGCAACACGGACGUCCCAUCCUUCCUGUAGAAUACCAGACGAGUAAUUCGGCUGAAGAUUGGAAUCGCUACAAAAUCAAUAACGAAAACAAGUUGAACGAGGAUGGCGACUGGCUCGUACAUGUCAACCAUUGCGCCAAAUUAGCCACAUCUCUCGGUUCCCUUUUGAAGAAUAAAGAAGGCAAGUUCAGCGACGAGCCCAUCGUCAACGUUAUCCGUUAAAAAAGAAAAAGAAAAUGGGCCCUUAAAAAUCGUGUGUGUGUGUGUGUUUCCAAAAAAUCCGUUUCUAUUGUCUCCUCGAAUGCGACAAAUGCGCACACACGACAAAAUUGCGUGUGUAAACCCUCGGUAGAUGGUAGGAAAUCAUUAUUUGAAAAGAAAAAAACAAAACAAAACAAAAUGCUGAUAUAAAAACGUAAGAAAAAGAAAACAAAGUGAAUACACUGUUGUCUCUAAUUCAGACGCCGACGUCAAACGGCGUCGUCUGUGUACACAUA